UCACCAGUGCACAGAAACGCGACGCCGGCUGCGCACGCGCCAUGCCACACCCACUUCUGUGAUAGUUCACCAGUGUACUAGUGCAGCCAUGACAGUGAAGAUAGGGAUUCUCCUCCUCCUAUUGGUCAACGGGAUUGCUAGCCAGGAUGAGUCGUUCGCCAGCUCUUUCUUGUCCGGUCUGCUGGAGACCCUGGACACGCAGGUGGACGCGAAGAACUGUCCGGGUAGCUGCCAACACUCGUUCGCGGCGCUCAUGUGUCCACACGUGCUGGACCAGGUAGAGUGCCCCAAACCGAGCAUGAAGUGCUGUGUCGAUGGACCUUUAGGCAACAGCUCCCUGAGCAGCGAGCGGCCGACGACCUCCCACCACACGCCCGCGGACUCCGAGGAGGAGGACACCACAGAACAUCCCGCCGACAAGUACAAAGACAGUGGUAACAUAGCCUGCCCAGGGGUCUGCGUUGAGACCCAUCUCCUCCUGUACUGCCAGGCGUACUUGACCUCCCCCAACCUGUGCGUGCAGGGCAGGCAGUGCUGCGUCACCACCGACCGGUAUGGGGGCAAACCACCCCCCGACCUAGUGGUGCCAAGUGAACACAAGAACAAACCCACCAAAAAGCCUAGCACUGCUCUAACAACAACGUCUCCACCAAAGUCCAGUCCUGGCAAGGAGUGUACAGGGGACUGCAUGAACGCACUGUUCGCAUUACUCUGCGACCACGUGGACGAUGAAGCGACCUGUCCUGAUGGCGACACAUGCUGUCUGCGGGAUCCUCCCAAGGAAGUAGUGGAGAAACCAAAGCUACCCAAGACUACUACCACGCCUAGACCUACACAGCCGCCGCCCCUGCCCCGCUGUCCCGGGUACUGCGUGCUGCACAUCAUGGCCGCGUUCUGCGAGCGGCCCUCGGUGCUGGUCUCCAACACGCAGUGCAAGCACAGUGGCACCAUCUGCUGCGACAACACCAGGGUCCCCCGCACCACCCCCCGGCCUACCACGACCACCACCACCACGACGACCAGCGCCCCGCUCCCCGCCGACCCCCGCCCCGACUGUCCCGGAUCCUGCAUCGUGUCGCUGCUGUCCUUCACUUGUUUCCGUAACGCGGAAAUGACAGAUGUGUUCAAAUGCAAGAAGACGGGCACCCAGUGCUGCGCGCCCAAGUCCAAGAUCCAGGAAGCCCUGGGCAUCAAGGACCGCAACGACAGCUACCCCUUGGCCACGAGCGCGGCCACACAUUAUACUCAUACAUACACCACGGCUAUAGCGCAUACCCAUACUACACCUAUAGCUCCUUACGACGCUAGCUACCCCGGAUCUACGCUGAAAGUACCAGAGAAAUAUAACAAAUACGUGUGCGGAGUAAAAGGCACGAGCAGCCGCGCCGGGCGCGUGAUGGGCGGCGAGGACGGCGAGCGCGGCGAGUGGUGCUGGCAGGUGGCGCUCAUCAACUCGCUCAACCAGUACCUGUGCGGCGCCGCGCUCAUCGGCACGCAAUGGGUGCUCACCGCCGCGCACUGCGUCACCAACAUCGUUCGUUCUGGAGACGCCAUCUACGUCAGGGUUGGUGACCACGACCUCACCCGGAAGUACGGCAGCCCUGGCGCGCAGACGCUCAGGGUCGCUACCACCUACAUCCACCACAACCACAACAGCCAGACCCUUGAUAACGACAUAGCGCUGUUGAAGCUGCAUGGCAAAGCCGAGUUGAUGGAGGGAGUAUGUCUGGUGUGUCUGCCGGCGCGAGGAGUGAGCCACGCAGCUGGGAAGAGGUGUACAGUCACUGGAUACGGGUAUAUGGGCGAAGCUGGCCCGAUCCCCCUGAGAGUCCGCGAAGCUGAGCUGCCCAUCGUGAGCGACGCGGAGUGCAUCAGGAAAGUGAAUGCUGUCACCGAGAAGAUCUUCAUUCUGCCCGCCAGCUCGUUCUGCGCGGGCGGGGAGGAGGGGAACGACGCCUGUCAGGGUGACGGCGGAGGCCCGUUAGUGUGUCAAGACGACGGUUUCUACGAGCUGGUGGGGCUGGUGUCGUGGGGCUUCGGCUGCGGCCGUCGCGACGUGCCCGGCGUCUACGUGAAGGUCUCCUCCUUCAUCGGCUGGAUCAACCAGAUCAUCUCCGUUAAUAACCUAUAGCGGUAGACUUGCGCCUUUUCCUAGGCGACGAAGGCGGACAAAAUCGGCCUUUGCCUAAGCGACAAAUAUGAGUGAGCCUUUGUCUAGGUGAUAUCAGGUUUUAGAUUCUACUAACGCUGAGUCAAUAUAGCAUCUAAAUUGUAGUUCAUUCUUAUUCUGAGCGUGCUCAAAAUGCAAAAUUAACACAACACUUAUAUUUAUUUACAAAUUAUAACUUAGCAAUAAUAAUUUUAUUUUUUAAUAUAUUGACUUAACGUUAACAGAAUCGACACCUAUUUACAAUUAUUGGUCUUUAUCUAGGAGCCAGUGGAUUCGAUUUUACCUUUCAUAGGCAACGGUAAAUUCUUUUCAGCCUUUGCCUAAAUGAUGCUGAGUACGUUUCAGUUUUGCCUCGACGAUGGUAGAUAUGAUUGAGCCUUUUCCUAAGCAACGGUAGAUACAUUAAUGCCUUUGCUUGGACAAAGCCAGCCUGCCUUUGAUUAGGUGGCAGUAUAUUCGACUCUGCCUCUACAAACGAAAUUCGAUUUGACCUUUACCUAGGCAAUUGUACAUUUGAAUGAAAGAUAUUUAGUUAAGAAAAAGUUAAGAAAUUAAUAAAAAUAUAAUAUUUAAACAUGACCCGAAAUCAGUAAACAACCUACAUUGCCGAAUAUAAUAAAGCUACUUUAAAAUACUUGAAAUAUACAAAUCGUUCUUUAAGAAAUAUCUUGAAGUUUAAGAAAACACUGAAAUCAGCUCAAAUAGGGAAAACCUAUGAAAUGCGUUUUAGCUCAGAUUGGACUUGGAGAAAUUAACAAAAUUCAAGUAAAACUUAUUGGAUACUUAACCUUAAAAGUGUUUUAUUAAAUUCCACGAAUAAUGUCUUCUAAUAAAACUUUUAUUUCAUGUGUGCCUCUAAAGUCUUUGAGAUCAAAAGAAUUUUUACAGUUGUUUGUAAAUUUUUAUUUACAAGACUACCAAAAAUGGAUUGGAGCUUUUUCGGGGACAUUAAAAUGAAUAAAUAUUUUUAAAUUUAUUUUGAAUUCUAUAUUUUUUUACCUACAAUAUAUUUUAUGCAGUGUUGAAGCAUAGUAUUGCGGUUACUAUAAGGAAUGUAAAUAUUUAUUGAUAAUGCUCGUAGAUAAUUAUUUAUUUUAGUUAUACUAGAAAGGCAUUUAAAUUUAUAUAUAAGCACCCACCAUUAUGACUUUCAUGACAGUUUUUUAAAAAGUUAACUCGAUAGACUUGUGAUUUUCUUACGAGUUCUGACAUGUGGACAAUUUUCAUACUUAUUGUUAAAUUUUGUUGAAAAUAAAUCAAAAUAUGAGUGCAAACCUAUAAUAAAUUCUGAAGUAAAACGUUUAUUAAACAUAAAAGGAAUUUCUUAAAAAUGUUUUUUUAAUUUAUAUGUAUUACUGCAAAAUCAUAAGUAAAUUUCUGUCAUGUCAUAGUAUAACUUGUAAGAAAAAACUGCGUUUACUUUAUUUAUAUAACCCAUGCAAUUACUAGGUACUCUGAGUAAAUAAUAAUUCCACGAUAUAACCAUUCGCGCAUUACGCAUUUUGAUACUACCUAGGUACUUAAACUUUUAUAGUUGAAAAUAUAGAUUGUUAUCAAGAAAUUUAGUACCUACUCAUUAUCACAUUGAAUUGAAAAACUUUGUAUUUAUCAAAAUUUCUAUGUAUUUAAAUGUAUUUUAGAUAUAGCCAGUUAGAAAUAGUCUAAAAACCAAACAAUAUUUAAUUUUAAAUACCACCAAUAUCAAUGUUUUUAUUUGAACAGCCAGGUCUAUGUAAAAUUAUUAUUUUGGCCUAGAUAUGAUCAUUUUAAAUUUUAUUUAAUCCAAAUUAUACAUGAACAGUGAGCAUUCGCAAAAACAUCGACGUUUUUAGCUUAUUCUGUUAUUCAUUUUAAAGAAAACAUACAAAAAAGUAAACGAACAACAAUUCGAUAAAAAUAUAUGAAAAAGAGUGCACUUUCGGAGAAUUUGGAUAAGUAAGUUACGUCAUAAUGUGUUUAAAUAUAUAUUUUAUACUAAGUAUAAAAUAUAUAUCUAAACACAAUAAGUAAGUUACGUCAUAUGUGUUUAGAUAUAUAUUUUAUACUAUACUCUUGUAGAGGUGUACAUAGAUUUUGAGGGCUGCAUCAUACUUAAUUUUAUAUAUGGUAUAUAAAACGCACGAAUUGAAAAUUUAUAAAUAAACUACACUAAAGACAUAAAAACGCACUAAAACUAAGUAUGAUAACAGCCCAGUGUUCUGUAUAUUAUAAGUCUUAUCAGUUCGCAAAUAAAUAUAAGAAUAUUA